UCUGUUAUCCUUUACUACAGUCUCUUCAGUGAUCUUAAUCAGCGGCUGCAGACGCGCAUGCGCUGUGUAUGAAGAAGCAGGAGCUGUGCUGAACUGGAAUAAAGCCUGUGGAAAUGUCUACCGCUCUGGAGAGUUACAUCAACCGAACUGUGGCCAUCAUUACAUCAGAUGGACGAAUGAUUGUGGGAACACUGAAGGGCUUCGACCAGACGAUCAACCUAAUUCUAGAUGAAAGCCAUGAGCGUGUAUUCAGCUCGUCCCAGGGAGUGGAGCAGGUCGUGCUGGGACUGUACAUUGUUAGAGGAGAUAAUGUGGCCGUGAUUGGUGAGAUCGAUGAGGAAACAGACUCGGCACUGGAUCUCGGCAACAUAAGGGCAGAACCACUGAACUCUGUAGUGCACUAACUUUCCCCAAAGCACAAAGAUGCAGACAGCGUGUAAAAGAAAAGACUCAUUCCCUUGAAGAUAGAAAAUGGAAAUAUAUUCCUGAGUGACUCUUCUUCCUUUCAGCUGAACGUCGCACCCAUGGAUUACCCCAGUGGAGCAGAAACAUUUUCAUUUAGCUUUUUUUUUAUUUGUAGAGCAUAGACUUUAAUGCUUAACUUUUUAUAUGUGUGGAAAUGAAAGAAAAUAAAAUGUGGAAGUCUUUGGUGUAA